ACUUCUCCUCUCCACUCAGAAAAGAAAGCAGAACUCCGCUCUUAUCUCAAUCAUUUCUUCCUAUCAAACACUUCUCCCCUCACUCAAAAAGAAAAUGGCCGAAGCUUUUGCAGCCGAGAUUGCAAAAUCCCUUCUAGGGAAGUUAGGCUCUUUUGCUGGUCAAGAAUUUUGUUUGGCAUGGGGACUUGAAGCUGACAUUGCUGGUCUUGAAAAGAGAUUGAAAGCCAUCAACGCGGUGCUGUCUGAUGCUGAACAGAAACAAUCAAAGAAUGAGAGGAUUCGGUUCUGGCUCAACGAUCUCAGACAAGUCUUGUAUGAUGCAGAGGACGUGCUGGACGAAAUCGAGUGCGAAACUUUGAGAAGAGAGGUGGUGAAAACAACAGGGAGCACCAGCAGAAAGGUACGGCGAUUCUUUUCAAGCUCUAAUAAGAUUCCAUUCCGUUUAAGAAUGGGUCAUAAGAUAAAGAGCAUCAUAGAAAGACUAGCUGAGAUCUCAUCUCUUAAGUCUGACUUCAACCUCAGCGAACAGACUAUUGAUUGUAGUCAUGUCUUGCAUGAGGAAACAGAGAUGAACCGAUCCUUUGAGAGCUUUUCCGGUCUUAUCGGAAGAGAUGAAGACAAAGAACGCAUCAUCAACCUUUUAGUAGCACCUUUUAAGGUUGGUGAUGCACAUCCCCUUGUCCUUCCGAUAGUAGGAAUGGGAGGCUUGGGGAAGACAUCUCUUGCCAAAUCGGUGUAUGAUGAUGAAAAUGUAAAAAGUCAUUUUCAACUGAAUAUGGAGGUCUGUGUUUCAGAUGAUUUUUCCUUGAAACAUGUGAUACAAAAGAUUAUUAAAUCUGCAACUGGGGAAAGAUGUGCGGAUUUGGAUGGGGGUGAACUUAAUAAAAAACUUGAAGAAAUUUUGAAUGGUAAGAAAUACUUGCUUCUUUUGGAUGAUGUUUGGAAUGAAGAAGCUCAAAAAUGAUUGUUGUUGAAGACUUUGUUAUCAAAAGGUGCUGAUGGAAGUAAGAUUAUAGUAACUACCCGUAGUCAACGUGUUGCUGAGAUUAUGGGUACUGUUGCUGCAUACAACCUAAGUCUUCUUGGUCAAGAGGACUGCCUGUCGUUGUUUUACAAGUGUGCAUUCAAGGAAGGGCAAAUGCAUCCAAAUUUGGUUGGAAUUGGGGAAGAAAUAGUGGCGAAAUGCAAGCAAGUUCCUCUGGCAGUGAUUAACUUGGGGACUCAACUGUAUGGUAAGACUGAUGAAAAAGAGUGGAAAUCGGUGAGAGACAGUGAGAAGAGGGAGAUGGCAUUUUACUUGCCUUGAAAAUAAGCUAUCAAAGACUGCCGACUCACUUGAAAAGAUGCUUUCUUUAUUGUUCCGUUUUUCCAAAAGAUUACCCAUUCGGAGAUCUCUUAUUGGUGCAAUUUUGGAUGGCACAUGGGCUCAUUCAUCAAUCAUCAAAUCCAAAUGAGAAGUUGGAAGAUGUUGGCUUGCGUUAUGUGCGCAAGUUGAUCUCAAGAUGUUUCUUCCAAGAUUAUGAGGAUGUGAUGGUUGUAGCUGCCUUUAAGAUGCAUGAUUUAAUGCAUGAUCUUGCAUCAUCAUUGGCUCAAAAUGAGUUUUCAAUCAUAAGCUCUCAAAACCACCAAAUUUCCAAAACGACCCGUCAUUUGUCAGUUCUUGACUCUGAUUCAUUUUUUCAUAAAA